UUGUCUUUCACCUUGUCAUCUUCUUGUUUGUCGUUGUCUUCUUGUUUGCCUUGCAGGCGAUUGAAGUGCCCAAAUAUGUGUGAUCUCGAAUAUCAUUAAGAAUAUCCUCCUUCCAUCUUAGAACAAGUGCCCCCAAAAGACAUGCUGGACAUUUUUGCGGCUGUACACUUGUUAAGAAAUCCUUAUGUCUGCUGCAGUUAUGUCUGAUAAGGGGUAUCAGCCUAAGACUGCUCCUUUCGAUGCCCGCUUCCCAAACCAGAACCAAACCAGGAAUUGUUGGCAGAACUAUGUAGACUACCAUCGGUGUCUCAAAAUCAAAGGAGAGGAUUACAGCCCAUGUAAUUACUUCAAGAGUGUCUAUCAGUCACUAUGUCCUAAUGCUUGGGUUGAAAAAUGGGAUGAGCAAGUCAGCAAUGGGACAUUUGCAGGGAAAAUAUAAUGUAUUGUUUCUGUAGGAAAUUUGCUGUUAGACAUCUGUGUGUUUGUUUCCAUAUUUGUUUCAAGCCAGAUGAAUCAAGCCCAGCUUCUCUUCUAAUCUGAAUGGGUUUGUACAUGUAAUUCCACAGAGUGAAUUUAUUAUCAUCAUCUGGAAAAAAAUGGUGUAAUGUGAAAAAAAAAUAUUAAAAAUUUGUAGUAUAUAUAUAUCGA